GGAAGAGAAAGAGACAAUCACUAAUCUGUGCUCAUGGGUUGGACAGCUACAGUCUGCCGGUAUUGACAGCACUGUUUUACGCUCUCUGCUGCCGUGGAUUAUCUGUGUUGGGUUUUUGGAGCAUUCGGAUGGCUAAUUUUAAAGUGAAAGGGAUUCCCACCACUGGGCAAAAUCCAAGAGUGUGUCCUGGAACAGAGUGAGGAGAGGAGGAGGGAAGAUAGCAGCAGUUUCCCCCCUCAUCUUUGCCUCUGCAGGCGUUUCUUCUUUGAAAGAAUGGGGGCAGGAGCUCUGACCAUCUGUCACAACAAGACAGCGGUGCAUGUUAAAGAAGACAUUAAGAAGAUGGUCCAGAUACCCAUACGGCAACCCAGGACAGUGACAGCCAAGCACACCAAGCUGUUUGGAGUGUCCUUGUUUGAGCUGCAGGAGAAGGGCCUGGUGGAGGAUGGUGUGCCUCUGGUGUUGCGGAGGAUGGUGGAGCAUCUCUGCAAGCAUGCCUUGCAUCAGGAGGGUCUGUUCAGAGUGAAUGGAAAUGUGCGUGCUGUGGAGACCCUGAAACAGCGGCUGGAGAGUGGAGAGGAAGUGGACCUUCUCUCAGAAUCUGAUUUGUGUACGGUUGCCAGCUUGCUCAAACGGUACCUCAGGGACCUGCCAGUGGGUCUGGUAGACUCAACAGUCCAACAGGCACUGAUACAACACCACCAAGAGUGCGGUGAUGAUGUCUCUUGGUCAGAUAUGAGACACCUGCUCCAGCAGCUUCCUGACGUCCACCACAGCCUCCUCCGCUACCUCUGCCACUUCCUCACCCAUGUGGAGUGCAACCACGAAGAAAACCGUAUGACUGCCUUCAACCUCGCCACUGUGUUUGGACCCAGUGUCUUCCAAGUGGCUCCUGGUUUCGAAGCAAUGAAGGACCAGACUAUCUGUAACAAGAUCAUGAUCAAGUUCAUCCAGAACUACAGCAAUAUAUUUGAGAGUGCCAGACACGAAGAAGGCUGCACAGAAGACCUGCCAGCCCUUGUUACUGUAAAGGAGGCGCAUGUGACUGAUGCAGACAAAAAGAAGUCACGCACCCACCUUAAUGCAAACACACCGACACCAGCUCCCAGAACAAAGGCUGGACAAAAGAAAACACCAGAAAAUGCAGAACUUGUGAACAAAUCCUCCACUAACACUCCAAAGGCGAGGCAGAGGAAAAAGAAGGUGAGGAAAGGAAAGAGUGACGGCAUGACUCACCCCCCUCAGCCCAGCUGCUCUGCUGGCUUGCCCCAUGCAAGGUCCCUCUCCAUACCAAUAAUUUUGCCCCUGACCUCAGCGCUGAGAAGCCCCUGUCCAGAGCCAAUGGAGACAGCUUGCCAAGACACCCCAGACACUUCCUCGCCACUCAGCCACCUUGAUGUCAGCCCCUCUGGGAGCAUGGAGGCAGUCAGCAGCUUCCAAGAAGAAGACAGGCCAAUAUCUCCUUUCUACUUAAGUAACCUCCUCUCCCCUGUCCACUGCAGACCAGAUGUGGUAGAUUUUUUGGACAGGACGAUUCAUUCAGCAGUGGAGCAGCACCUCUUCGAUGUAAACCCUGUAGGGGAUCAAAGUUCAGAGGACUCUGAGUUAAUCCCAUGGCCAUCAUCUCCAAUGGCCACGCCAACUGCCCGACAGAGACGUCGACACCAGAGAGAGCAACAGGAGGAGGGACUGAGACACAAAGAAAGAAACAGAGCUGCAUCCGUCCGAGCAGACACCAACAAAGAGAACAUCCCAUCGAGCAGUUUGGGCAACGUGGGGGAGGACAAGGCAAAGUCACAGGGAGGCCAGAGUGGUCACGCCGAGCGAACCCCCAAACCCUCGAAACACAGCCCGACACUGGUACAGCUCACAGGCAACCAGGAAGCCCACGCAUUCAAGGAAUGUGUUGGUGAGAGACCCGGAGGGAACCACAUGGAGACAUUUCAGAAAGGGACUGACAUUUCAAGAAAAGAUGGCCUUCUUUCUCCUCCACAGACGUUAAGGAUGAAGAUCCAGGAGUCACCCGUCACUUGUGACACGGGCAGGGUCGGCGGCGUAGAGGUGCGAGGCUCGGACUCAGACUGCGAGAGCUGUGAGGACGUGCCCCAGCUGGACCUGACAGCACUUACUGAGGAAAACAACUGGGGAGAUUCUCCGUUCUUUAACACCCCUUUCCUUGAUUUCAAAACCUUUUUUUAUUCAAGUUGUUUUGAUGAACCAGUCCCAGCGUACUCGCCCCUGCAGAGGGAGAGCAUGGACCGCGAAGAAGCCCGACUGUCCCCUCACGCCGGGGGACGUCUCAUCCGCCAGCUGCUGGAGGAGGACAGCGACCCGAUGCUGUCCCCGCGCUUCUACGCCUACGGACAGAGCCAGCAGUACCUGGACGACACUGAAGUGCCUCCCUCACCACCAAACGCACACUCAUUUGUCAGUCGCAGGCGGAGUUCGUCUCUUGGCUCCUGCGACGAUGAGAGGGAGGAGUUGACGUCCGCCCAGCUCACAAAGAGGAUCCACGUACUGAAGAAGAAGAUCCACCGGUUUGAGGAGAGGUUUGAAGAGGAGCGGAAAUACAGGCCCUCCCACAGUGAUAAAGCUGGAAACCCAGAAGUGCUGAGAUGGGUUAAUGAACUGGCCAAGCUUCGUAAAGAGCUGAAAGAAAACAAGCUGAUGAAGUCUGAAGAGGACCUGCCGCCUCUGACCCGCCAGCGCAGCAACACGCUGCCCAAAAGCUUCGGCUCUCAGCUGGAGAAGAAACCCCAGCAGGAGAAAGUGCCGAAGCCUCCGGUGGAAAGCAGCCUGGAGGCCAUUUUGAAGAAGCUGCAGGAGAAGAGGGAGGAGGUGAACCGCCCCGAGGACAUCAAGGAUAUGACACGGGAGCAGAUCGGAGCAGAGAAAGUCGCCCUGCAGAAAGCUCUCCUCUACUACGAGAGCAUACAUGGUCGACCAGUCUCCAAAGGCGAGAGGCAAAUCAUGAAGCCCCUGUAUGACAGAUAUCGCCUGGUGAAGCAGAUCCUGUGCAGAGCCUCCACCAUCCCCAUCAUUGGCUCUCCCUCCAGCAAGCGCCGAGGUCCCCUCCUUCAGCCCAUUAUCGAGGGCGAAACCGCACUUUUCUUCGAUGAUAUCAAGGAGGAAGAGGACGGCUCGGAGGACGACGGAGACUCAAAGACACAGUUCACCCUGACCGUCCGACCCGACCUCAGCGUGCUCGGCUUCCUGGACCACAUGGAGGAAGAAGGGGACGGUUUUAUUUCACCCGUGGACGAACUUUCACCUUCUAAGACCAUGACGGACAUGAGGCUGUCCAAUCUGCACUCCGCCACUAAGGAGGAACUCGUGGAGCAACUCCAAGAAACCCGAGAGGAGAAAAUAAGACUCCGCAAGAAUCUGAAAGAGUUUGAGGAUCAGUUCUUUAGACAAAAUGGAAGAAAUGUGCAGAAGGAGGACCGCUCCCCGCUGGCAGUCGAGUACAACGAAUACAAGCACGUGAAAGCCAAACUGCGGCUGCUGGAAGUCCUCAUCAGCAAAAGAGACUCGACUAAAUGAAUCUGAGAGAACAAUAAAAUACUGUAAAAAGGACGUUUAGAGACCCAGUCAAACAGCAUCUCACCCUGCUGAAGAAAAGAUCCGAUUUCUCCUUCUCACUGCCAUCUGUGCCGCUCGUGUUUCAGGCUCGGGUGAAAACUGUUCGUCGUCUGUUGAUCCGUUCUGUCGAGCUCAGCCGGGCGUUUCCUCUGCCGCCCGCAGAGCGCCGCCGACUCACCGCUGCUUCAAAGCGACAGUGUCAACCUGCUUCACUUGAGAAAUUCCCUUCCAACAAAAACCUCACCUUCGUAAGAGGAUGUUUCUCCAGGCACACUCAAAAUAACCUGAAUCGCACUCUUAUUGCUGAUAAUUUAUUUCUAUCCUUUUGAAUGUUUUUAUCAGAAGCUAUUUUUCUCACGCUUUACUGUAGAAGUCUUAAAAAGAAAAACCUUGUAAGUAAAAUAAUAGAUGUAAAAUGAUUGCUCUUUUUAAAGAAGGAUUUUUGCGAUCAAGAUGUAUGUGUAUUUUUGUAAGGGAGACAUUAGUAUUUGUAUAACUUCAAUCCGCUUAACAGUAUUCAUUUAAUGAAUAGUUUCUCUGUUUCAGUUCUGACAUCAUAUAAUAUCUGAAAUAAUCUUUUAUUGCUUCUCUAGAAGUUAAGUUGAGUAUUUGCUCAUUAAAAUAAGUGUUUAUUUUUAUUUUAAUACAACCCAAAGACAGUGACUCAGAGUACAAACUGCGAACCAAAAUAGCUCAUAUUCUUAAAAACAGCUUCUUUUUGUGAUCACUGGUCCUUAAGCAUCUGACUGUAUAUUUUAUGCAUUGACGUGUUUCUUUCCCCAUUUACUUCCUGUCAGAUAAGCUAUUUCUCGUCUUGAAAUCACUUGUAUGUUUUUGCUCACAUUGGUAAACAUAAACAAACGUUUGUGUGACGACUCUGGAGGACAGAAACCGCAUUAGUCGGUGUUUCCUUCUUGUCCUUCCCAGAGCUCGUUUGGUUCUUUUGUAAAUAUGGAUCAUUGUGUUUUAUGUUUACAUUUCUGUGAGCGAGUACAUUUUUCCUUCCUUUCUCCAAAAUGGAUGAUUUAUCAGUGUGAAUUUCGUUUUUACUGAAUGUAAACACUGGCCAGGCUUAACGAAUUUUGAGUAUGUACAUUUUAGUACAUAAAUUGUAUUUGUAUGUUGUAUAUAAUAUGAAUGAAAUCAUAUUUUUACUGAG